UUUGCCUUUGUGGUUGCAGAUGCCAACGAGGCCCGAAACACCCCACAUUCAGCUUAUGAAUCUCUCUAUUUGAGACUAUAUAGUACAACCAACUUCUAAUAUAUCUUCGCAAAGACCCCUAUCUGGAUUAUAUUAUUUUACUGGACAAUUUGACGUAUCACCAGCACAGAGGUGAUUCCAUCGUCAGUCCUACCUUCAGUACCAAGGUUCAAUAUACAUUCCAACCCAUGCCGAAGCGAUCCUUAGAUAUAUCAAACGCCAUGCCGGGCAACGAACGAGUCCCACCUGUUAAGAUACAGAAGACCGAACGAUCCCACGAAGAAAACCAGGAAAGGGCCUACAUUGCCGCGUCAAGACGAGCCGACAGAAGCUUAGAGGCUAGAGUGCAGUCCGCCCGCCAGGCAUCCGAAAUCCACCGACGACGGACGGGCCGAGGUCUCAAAGUGAGCGAGGAAAUCGUGUUGAAGGAAGAAAUGUACGAGGAAGAAGAGGACGAAAUCCCCCGCCAUUACAAGUACCUUACUGCCCAUUUACAAACGAAUUCGCCGGAUAUGAACCAUCGUGUGAAUGCGUACAUCACUACCCAAGCGGCGAUGGCCACCAUGGCCAGGUACAACGAAGUCAAUCGACUUUUUAGCGAAUCAUUCCCAACUGCUAUGGCGUACCAACAGAACCUGGGAAAUUCCAUGUACAUGGCGCCGCUCAUGAACAACGACGCUAACUUUGCCCACCGGCUAUCCACGUCGGGGUCUGGCCAAGGCUCUCCAGCAACCAGAACCCAGUCAGUCUCUUCUCAGUCGCAGUUCGACAGGAGGGAUUCCAUUGCGACCCAGAGCCCGGUACCUACUCCAGCUACAACAACAUCAUCCCCGCCAGCAUUAACGCCUGCGUCGUCAACGGAUGCAGAUAUGUCCGACUCAAAGAGUACACCUUAUCAGACUCCGUCUGCCUUUCCAACUCUUCAUCUAGAUCCACAACUAGCGCAGCAGUCUACGUCCUCUUCCAUAUUUACAUCCGAACUAUCAAACGAAGCAAAGAUGAUGGCCCAUAUUGACAUGAGCGAUCCAAUGGCGAUGCACUUUAUGGAUGGCAAUCCUUCGACCUACCAGAUGUUUGGACCCUACCCAGGCGAAAUUACAACAACAACAACAACAACAACACAAGAGGACAGCGCCAAGACCAGUCCAGCGGACAAGGGGGCCGAAACAUUCUCGCCAUAUAGCAAUCCUCUUCAAGACGACUACUUCCCCACCUCAAUAGAGGGUACCAUGGGACUUUCAGAUAUUUCCAUUGACAGCUAUAGCCGCCUGGGCACGCCAGGUGGCGGGACAGGGGGUGACACCUGGGAGAGUUUCGUCGACUUCGGAUCCGAGCAAUAAUACGCCGGUAUCCUCUUAUGACAUUGCUGCAGUAUAAAACGUCCAACGAUGCGGCUUGUAUAUGUCUAAACUAUGCUUUCGC